UUCGCGUGCGCCGCGAUGGGUGGAGCCGCCGAGGCUUCCCAGCCAAUAGCGCCGCGCUUCCGCCACCGCCGCGCGGGUGGCUGGAAUAAAAGGCCCCGGGAAGCGCGCGAUGCAGCUGAGAUAACUCAAUCGGCGGUGGCGCGCCCGGAGGCUCCGCGUUGGCUGGACUACAAGACGCUGAAGUCAGGCAUGGCCCUGAACCUGUCGGCAGAGCCAUUCCGCAGCCUGAAAGCGCAGCUCCCGCAUCACCUCCGCGGCCAAGAGGACGGCCCCGCCGCCUACUUCUCGGCUUCUCUACAGCAGCAGCAGCAGCAAGCCGAGAGCGGCAGCUCCUCGCUCAAGCUGGCCGCUCCGGAACUGGAGCGCCUCAUCAUCCAGAACAGCAACGGCGUGAUCACCACUCCGACGCCGCCGGGCCAGUACUAUUACCCGCGGGGCGCCACCGAGGAGCAGGAGGGCUUCGCCGACGGCUUCGUCAAGGCGCUGGACGACCUGCACAAGAUGAACCACAUGCCUCCCCCCAACGUCUCGCUCGGGGCGGUGGCGGCGCCCUCGGUCAGCAGCGCCUACGGGGCCUCCUCCUCCUCCCUGGCCCAGGAGCCGCCGCCCGUCUACACCAACCUGACCAGCUACAACCCGCCCGGCUUCCCCAGCGCCAACCUCAGCUACUUGCCGCAGCCUCCCGCCCUGGCCUUGGCGCACCCGGCGCGCAGCUUCAAGGAGGAGCCCCAGACGGUGCCGGAGGUGCAGAGCCCGCCCGUCUCGCCCAUCAACAUGGAAGACCAGGAGCGCAUCAAGGUGGAGAGGAAGCGGCUGCGCAACCGCCUGGCCGCCACCAAGUGCCGCAAGAGGAAGCUGGAGCGCAUCGCCCGGCUGGAGGACAAGGUGAAGACCCUCAAGAGCGAGAACGCCGGACUGUCCAGCACGGCCAGCUCCCUCCGAGACCAGGUGGCGCAGCUCAAGCAGAAGGUCAUGAACCACGUCAACAACGGCUGCCAGCUCCUCUUGACGGCCAAGAUGCAGUCCUUCUGAAAGGGGGCGCCCACCCGACGGCCCGCCACCCCCAGAGACCUCGGGGAGAGGGUGGGCAGGGAGGACGAAAGACAGGGACUCGCCUGACAAAGUUUACACGGAGCUGGGUUGAAAGACCGAGUUUCCAACUCUUCAAGUUCUGAAGUCCUGUUUUUUCUCCCCCUCCCAAACUUAUUUCUGUGACUUCAGAUCUGGUGGAUCCAGAUCCCUGAUCUGUGCUAAGUGUAAGGUUUUUUUUUUUAUAUUUGUGCCUGCGGGUGAUGUGUGUGUGCGUGUGUAUGUAUGUUUUUUAAAAAGAAGCCUUUUUCUCUGCUGCGUCGCUGGAUGGUGCAGUGGGAUUGGAGGUACUCUGGACAGAGCAAAAAAACCUAGUCCUCUGGUCUCUUCAUUGUGCCAGUGGGAAAAAAAGGAUAACCACCUGCUUAACUUAAUGACUGAAAGAAAAGGGACCAAGACACAGAUUUCCUGGGAAGAGAAGGAAUCUGGGCACCUGUCUUCCUCCAAGGAGGCCAGUAUGUGGACACAAGGGUCACUGUGGAGAGGGAGGGGGGUUGUUUACUACUCCUGCUCUUAUUUCUUUAUUGAGUCCUCAAAUUCACUUUCCCCCCAAAGAUUGUAUUUGUGUUUUUUGACUUUUUAUUGAAACUAUUUAAGUAAAAAUGUUCAGCUUUA